UCUAAUGACUGUGGUCUUUCUCCUCCACCUUGAAGUUUUAUGACAGUCACAGUUGGGGUGUGAUGCUGAACUAAAGCUGAUGGGUCCAUGUACACUGGAAAAGGGGAGGCUCAUGGGUAAUGCAGCAUCAGAGGGAGGAAUUGCUUAUGUAACUAGGACAGCAGAUUUAGCAGAAGGAAAGGAGGCAGAGGCUGGGGAUGGGAGCAGUGAGCUGUCGACAGGGACAACACACCCGAGUGUCUGCUCCUCAAAAGGGUGGCAACAUCCAGGGUCACUGGGCUCGAGGCUGGAAGAGCCUCUGGUGUGGUAUGGGGACCAUCAGGUCAGGUCUGGAAGAACUGUGGGAACUACAGAGGCAUCAGUGCCUACAUCAGGAGCUCCUCCAGCCAGCCCCACUGCUGCUAGAGAAGCCUCUGUCUGAAUGGCCAGUGCCUCAGUUCAUCAGCCUCUUUCUACCAGAGUUUCCCAUGCGGCCUGUUAAAGAGCAGCAGGAGCUGAAGAUUUUAGGCCUUGUGGCUAAAGGUUCGUUUGGAACUGUCCUGAAAGUGCUAGAUUGUGCCCAGAACGCUGUAUUUGCAGUGAAGGUGGUACCCAAAGUAAAAGUUCUGCAGCGGGAUACCCUGAGGCAGUGCAAGGAGGAGGUUAGCAUCCAGCGGCAGAUCAACCAUCCUUUUGUACACAGUUUGGGGGACAGCUGGCAGGGGAAACGACACCUCUUUAUUAUGUGUAGCUACUGCAGCAUGGAUCUCUACUCCCUGUGGUCCACUGUUGGUUGUUUUCCAGAGGAUUCUGUCCGUCUCUUUGCAGCUGAACUGAUCCUUGUACUCUGCUAUCUCCAUGACUUGGGCAUCAUCCAUCGUGAUGUAAAGAUGGAGAAUAUCCUGCUGGAUGAACGAGGCCAUCUGAAAGUUACAGACUUCGGUCUGUCUCGCCGCCUAUCCCAGGGAGCACGGGCCUAUACUAUCUGUGGCACUCUUCAAUACAUGGCCCCAGAGGUCUUGAGUGGUGGGCCUUACAACCACACUGCUGACUGGUGGUCCCUGGGAGUAUUGCUUUUCUCUCUGGCAGCUGGUAAGUUCCCAGUGGCUGCAGAGAGAGAUCAUUUGACCAUGUUGGCAAGUGUGACCCACUAUGGAUCUGAGAUCCCAGCGUCUAUUAAUCAGGAGCUCUCACUCCUGCUCCAUGAGCUCUUAUGCCAGAACCCUCUGCACCGUCUACGAUACCUGCAUCACUUCCAGGCCCACCCUUUCUUCCGGGGUGUGGCCUUUGACCCUGAGCUCCUACAGAAGCAGCCAGUGAACUUUGUCAUGGAGACACAAGAUACCUGGCCCAGUCCAUUGGAGAACAUGUCCUUCAAGGACUUCGACUGUGAUCUCGAGUCCUUGGUCCAUUCCAUCUCUGUUGACUCUCUACUGUAGAUAGGCACCACUCAGUACCACCACUGUAGUGAUCCAGUUUUUACUUUGUU